CGUUUGCAGACACCCGCAUUUUACGUUUUCAAAUAGCAUAUGCGUGAUAUAAAUUGUACUUGGAAUGACGAAUGGAUACUGAAGUAAACACAACAUCCUCAACGAAAAAUCGCAGGAAUGUCGUAUGGUAUAUUCUAUAGGAAAUAUUAGGAAAUAAUUUUCGCGUUAAGAACUAUCCGAAGAAUCAACACCAAAUAUGUUCCUUAAAUAAUCAUAUUUUACUUAUCUUAGAAAAUAAUUGUCGACAGUUCUUUAGGGAAAAAGCAACAUGGAUUUUGCGAAACACGGAACAUAUAAUAAAACACAUGUUCGCCGAGCCACUAAGAGCCAACAGUACGAAACAAAGCUAAAAACUUUAUUUUUUUUUUGAAGACAGACUUUAAAUCGAUCUGAGCUCGAUUUUUUGUAGAGCGAAGCAGACCGAUUCGUCGACAUUUGUAUGAUCUAACUGAAAAUGAAAAUUUGCCUGAUUUCGAGAAAUUCCUCGCUUUUCCCGUCAUUAGGUACUCCAUACAUUCAUAUAUAUCAUAUUUGCACACAUUAGAACUAACUAAUGAGUAACAAACUAAAUGGCUGGUUUAGUUAUCCGUAGCUAAUAGAACUUGCUUGUUUUCUAAGCCUCGCAGCCCUAGGCUACUCUCUUCGUAAUCUGUGUGUAUUAGUCCAUAUGAAAGUUUUAUAUUUAUUAAGUUUAAUUAUACUCCAAGUGUUAACGGAUUAAAAUAUUGCCUUUGCGAAAUAUUGCGAAUGUUCGGCAAUGGCGCAGGUAGAAGAGAUGUCUUGAAAUACAGGGUGGGAGAUAUGCGCACGCCCUAUAGCAUUUACUACACUAUACAGUACAUAAUCAUACCAAUGCCUCGUUCGCUGCGUGUCACACAAGGAAAAGCGUAAGGGAGUCAAGUAUUCGUUCAGCAGUGCUCAGUCAGGAUUUGAAGAAAGACCCGAUUCUUCAGUACGAUCUUCUUUUCUUGACCAUCUUUGCGAUUUUGGAGCAAAAUGGAAUUGGCUCGACCGGACCGGCCAUCUCGCUGCACGUGGAAACCAAAUGCCACAAACAGCCCACAUACUAAUCGAUCGCAAUUUAAUAAUCGGAAGGAAGUCUUACCUGAUAUUUUAUGUGCCAUUGGACAAACACCAAUGGUACAGAUUAACAAUAUUCCGAAGUCCCACGGAAUUAAAUGUCAACUGUUGGCAAAAUGCGAAUUUAUGAAUCCGGGUGGUUCUGUAAAGGAUCGCAUUGCAUACAGAAUGAUUCAAGAUGCUGAGGAUGCUGGUAUCCUUAAACCAGGAUAUACGAUUAUUGAACCAACAAGUGGUAACACUGGCAUUGGACUUGCAAUGGCUGCAGCUGUUAAAGGCUACAAAUGUAUUAUUGUUAUGCCAGAGAAAAUGUCUAAUGAAAAGGUAUAUACACUUCAUGCCCUGGGAGCCGAAAUUGUCCGUACUCCAACAGAAGCUGCAUGGGAUAGUCCAGAGGGUCAUAUCACUGUAUCUCAAAAAUUACAACGUCAGAUCCCUAACAGUAUUAUUUUGGAUCAGUACACUAAUUCUGGAAAUCCAUUGGCUCAUUACGAUCAAACAGCUGUUGAAAUUUGGGAGCAGUGCAAUGGAAAACUUGAUUAUUUAGUAGGCGGUGCUGGUACCGGUGGCACUAUUAGUGGGAUUGGUCGUAAAUUUAGAGAAAUAGCUCCUGAGGUAAAGAUUGUGGCAGUCGAUCCAGAGGGCAGUACGUUGGCUGAACCACCGGAAUUGAAUAAAAGCCAAGUGACUUUCUAUGAAGUGGAAGGCAUAGGGUAUGACUUUGUUCCUACUGUCUUGGACCGUGGUGUAAUCGACUUUUGGGUGAAAACAAAUGACUGUGAGUCGUUAACCGCUGCUCGAACGCUGAUCCGCGAAGAAGGUUUAUUAUGCGGCGGAAGUAGUGGAGCAGCUUUAGCUGCGGCACUUAAAAUCGCUGAGGAUUUGCCCGCUGAUAAACGCGUUGUGGUCCUUUUGCCAGAUGGAAUUCGAAAUUAUAUGACAAAAUUCGUAUCUGAUCAUUGGAUGGAAGCCAGAGAAUUCUUGAAACCACCUCCUCCAGUGGAAGCUAACAAAUGGUGGUGGAACAUUCCCGUGUCGAAUCUGCGGCUGAAAAAGCCAACUACUCUUCCGAAAGGUGCAUCUUGCCAGGAGGCGGUACAGAUUUUGCAAAAGGGCCGUUUCCACCAAAUUCCUGUAACAGACGACGACGGUAAUGUCAAGGGCCUCAUCACUCUGAAUGCUUUGAUAACCGGCUUAAUUUCGGGAGCAGCAAGUCAGACGGAUCCAGCGGAGAAACUGUUGGUUAAGAAAUUUAGAAAAGUUGCUCUUGCAACACCACUAGGACGACUGUUACGAAUUCUUGAAGAAGAUUCGUAUGCGGUCAUGUUGGAUGAAAAGCAUGAUGGCAGAUUAGCGGGAAUCGUCUCGCAAAUUGAUCUCCUCGAAUUUAUAAGUCAUAAUCAAAAUAUGCCACAAGCUAAUGGUAGUGCUAACUGAUAACGUGGUGAAUCAGUACGAUUCUUCGUUGUUCACUUUUAGAAUGUAUGAUUAUGUAAGGCUUAAUGAGAAAAUUAUUUGAAAUUUUACUUUUGAAAUUGUGGAAAACUCUAAUAUAUUAACUAAAGUAUCAAACGUUAAUGAUACCUACUGCAAUCGUUCCUCAUAUCUUCGACUGAUAUUAUAAAAUGAUAUAUUAUUUACAAAUAAUUGAGUGCUUAUAUUAUUGAAUUUGAUUGCAUGAUUUGAAUAUUUACAAUAAGUCACAAGUUAUUUUGGGGGGUGUCGAAAGCGUCUUGCGCGUACUGCAAACAUAACUCUUUUUUUAAUCAUGUUCGCAGUAUUCACUGAACUAUCGGAUCUGAAUAUAGCAAAGUCAUUUCUAUACAUACUAUAAAGUGAUUAAAUAUUUGUAGAAUGUGAAUUUCAUUGUAGACAUUUUUUAUUGAUUGUAUUUAUUGCAUGGUUUGCAGGAAUUAUGGAAUUUAUAAAAUAUUGUGUAAUAACUGGAAUAAAUAUGACUUUCUAAAAGUUA